GUGGUUUCCUUUCAUAUGCUGUUUUUUACAUAGGAAGAUUCAAUGGUUAUUUGUGGGUUGAAGCUCUUGAUUCAACUAUGUUGACAGUUACCUUUAACAUUUGCCAAACACCUAUGGACUUGAAUGUGCUUCAAGAGACUACCAACUCCAAAUCCAUACAUAUAAUAAAGCCCUUGUUUCAUACUUGCAAUUCCAAGUUUCACCGGUCGAACUGGUCUUGUCCUCAAAAUUUCAGUAAUCAACUCAAACUACACGGUUUCUCCCACCAAAUCACUUCAAGAAGGUGGCUGUGCCGUUCUCAAGAUUCUAUUUCUCCAGAAAAUGAGUACCGGUCAUCACGUAAUAUAGCAAUCAGUUUGUUGAGGCGGUACAGGAAUUAUGUAGAGCGUGGAGGAGGUGACAACUUGAAAGAGUUCAUCAGCGCUGGUGUAAACGCAUACGAAUUGGGAUGCACGGACGAGGGCUUGAGGAAAGAGCUGACUGAUAUGAAGGAAUCUGGUGUUGAGAUUGAGGCAAUGCAAACUUAUGGUGGAAAUACUGGUCUAAGGUCCAGCAUUAUCUCCCAGGAAGUGGAUGAAUGUAUAAUGUGGCUGAGCAUUGUGUUCAUAACUAUUCUUUGCACACCACAACCAACCGUAGUCAGAUGGUCAUCCAGUCCUCCGGUGUCGGAAGAAAUGCUGAUCUCUUGGAAGGGCUUCUGUGCAAUUAUAGCAAAUGCCUACUACAUGAGAGGAAUGGCCUGGCUCCCGGUGAAAACUCUCCAGUUGGAGCAAAUGGCAGUGAUGGGCUGCGCGGAAGAGCCAUCGCUCGUAGCCAGCAGAAUGAGACUUGUAUUUAGCACACUUGAGGUUGUGAGUCCACAGUGGCCAAGAGUGUGAAGAGAGUUAUCAAAAAUAUUAUGUAUAAUAUUGCCAACAGGUAGCUAUUGAGACAUUUUAGCAACAAUAAUACAAGCUUAGAAAAUGCAUCUUACAUCAUUUUAUCUCAAUACUACCUUAUUCUACAA